AUGGCGUCGCCGCCGCCGCCGGAGGUCGCCGUGCCGGUUGACGAGGAGGACCGGGAGGCGGAGGGAGAGGAUAUCUGCGCGUUCGAUAUACCCGGCAAGAACGCCCCGCGCGAUCGCCUGCGGCGGUGGAGGCAAAUUGCUCUUGUGCUCAACGCUUCACGCCGUUUUAGAUAUACUCUAGAUCUCGCGAGGGAUGAAGAGAGAGAAAACUUGAGAAGAGUUAUACGAGCUCAUGCACAAGUUAUACGGGCAGUAUUCCUUUUCAAAAAGGCUGGUCAAAAGGUGCUGCAAGAAUCUUACAAUGGUGCAAAAUUUGAGUCACUCUCUCAGACAUUUCCAAUUGAUCUGGAAAAGCUUGUAAUGUUGAACAGAGACCAUGAUGCAAUUAUGCUUCAGGAGGUUGGAGGGGUCAGUGGGCUUUCAGAUUUACUAAAGAGUAAUUUAGACAGAGGAGUUAGCUCAAAUGAGGACGAGCUGUUGCAGAGAAGAGACAUUUUCGGGGCAAACACCUAUCCGCGCAAGAAAAGAAAAAGCAUAUGGCGCUUUGUAUUUGAAGCUUGUCAGGAUUUAACUCUUGUGAUUCUGAUGGUAGCUGCUGCUAUAUCAUUAUCAUUGGGCAUGGCAACAGAGGGUGUAAAAGAUGGAUGGUAUGAUGGUGGAAGCAUAUUCUUUGCUGUUUUUCUUGUGAUAUUUGUUACAGCAACCAGUGAUUAUAGACAAUCUCUUCAGUUUCAACAUCUGAACGAGGAGAAACAAAAUAUACAGGUUGAGGUUAUCAGAGGUGGUAAGAGAGUAGGAGCUUCAAUAUUUGACCUUGUGGUUGGCGAUGUUGUUCCCCUCAAAAUUGGUGAUCAAGUCCCUGCAGAUGGUGUCCUGAUAUCUGGUCAUUCUCUUGCAAUAGAUGAAUCAAGUAUGACGGGAGAGUCCAAAAUUGUUCAUAAGGACCAGAAUGCACCUAUGUUGAUGUCCGGUUGCAAGGUCGCAGAUGGCUAUGGCUCUAUGUUGGUAACAGGUGUGGGUACUAAUACUGAAUGGGGUAUGUUGAUGGCCAACCUUUCAGAAGAUAUUGGUGAAGAAACCCCGUUGCAGGUGCGCUUGAAUGGUGUCGCUACUUUAAUUGGUAUCGUGGGUUUAUCGGUUGCUGGUGUUGUCCUUGUCGUACUUUGGAUAAGAUAUUUUACCGGGCAUAGCAAUAAUCCAGAUGGAACUACUGCAUUUGUGGCUGGGACUACUGGUGCAAAACAGGGAUUUAUGGGGGCAAUCAGUAUUUUUACAAUUGCCGUAACUAUUGUGGUUGUUGCUGUGCCUGAAGGACUCCCUUUAGCAGUAACAUUGACCCUUGCAUAUUCAAUGCGAAAGAUGAUGCGAGACAAGGCUCUGGUGAGACGACUUUCAUCUUGUGAAACAAUGGGGUCAGCGACCACGAUUUGCAGUGACAAGACUGGAACUCUUACCUUGAAUAAGAUGACAGUUGUGGAAGCAUAUUUGAGUGGGACGAAGUUGAAUCCUUGUCAUAAUACUGGGAUGAUUUCUAGCAGUGUGGCAUCUCUACUUGUUGAAGGAAUUGCACAAAACACAGCAGGUGCCGUGUUUUCACCAGAGGAUGGAGGAGCUGCUGAAGUUGCUGGCUCACCAACUGAAAAAGCAAUUCUUUCUUGGGGUCUUAAGAUUGGGAUGAAUUUCAACGAUGUGAGGUCAAAAUCUUCAGUUCUCCGUGUUCUCCCAUUUAACUCAGUGAAGAAAUGUGGUGGCGUUGCAGUGCAGGUGUCAGAUGCUUAUGUGCACAUCCACUGGAAAGGUGCUGCUGAGCUAGUAUUAGCAUCUUGCAAAAGCUGGCUUUCUAUUGAUGGUUCAGUUCAUCCAAUGAGUUUUGACAAGUAUAACGAAGUGAAGAGAUCCAUUGACGAUAUGGCAAUGAGUUCACUGCGCUGUAUUGCUUUUGCAUAUUGCACCUGCGAGCUCACAAUGGUUCCUAGAGAGGAUCUCGAUAAGUGGCAGUUGCCUGAGGAUAAUCUGACUCUUCUUGGAAUGGUCGGGAUAAAGGAUCCUUGUCGCCCAGGAGUAAGGGAUGCUGUACAAUUAUGCAGUGCUGCUGGUGUGAAGGUACGGAUGGUCACAGGAGAUAAUGUUGAAACAGCUAAGGCCAUUGCUUUCGAAUGUGGAAUACUAAAUUCAAAAGAUGUUGCUUCAAAGACAAUAAUAAUAGAGGGGAAGGUGUUCCGUGAAAUGUCUGAAACUGCACGAGAAGAAGUUGCUGUCAAGAUUACAGUAAUGGGACGGUCUUCUCCAAACGACAAGCUUUUGCUUGUACAAGCUUUGAAAAGAAAAGGCCAUGUAGUAGCUGUAACCGGUGAUGGCACCAACGACGCCCCAGCAUUGCAUGAGGCUGAUAUCGGUCUUUCAAUGGGCAUCUCGGGAACAGAAGUUGCUAAAGAAAGCUCGGACAUCAUAAUCUUGGAUGAUGACUUCACAUCCGUUGUCAAGGUUGUUCGUUGGGGGCGGUCUGUCUAUGCAAAUAUUCAGAAAUUCAUCCAGUUCCAGCUGACUGUUAAUGUCGCUGCCCUGGUAAUAAAUGUGGUAGCUGCUGUGUCCUCUGGUGCUGUUCCUCUGAAUGCAGUUGAGCUUCUUUGGGUGAACCUGAUCAUGGACACACUGGGAGCCCUUGCAUUAGCAACUGAACCACCAACAGACAACCUAAUGAAGAGACAUCCUGUUGGCAGAAGGGAACCUCUUGUUACAAAUAUCAUGUGGAGAAACCUGUUUAUCCAGGCUCUUUACCAGAUAGCAGUUCUUCUCGUCUUCAAUUUUGAUGGCAAAAGGAUUUUCCAGUUGCGUAAUGAAAGUCGAGAGCACGCUGACAAAAUUACGAACACCUUUGUCUUCAAUGCAUUUGUCUUUUGCCAAAUCUUCAAUGAGUUCAAUGCUCGCAAGCCUGAGGAGAAGAAUGUCUUGAGAGGAGUCACGAGCAACCGCCUUUUCAUGGGUAUAGUGGGUAUAACUACCAUUCUUCAGAUCUUGAUAAUUGAAUUUCUCGGAAAGUUCUUUGGGACUGUUAGGCUCGUUUGGAAGCUAUGGCUGCUAUCAGUUGCCAUUGGUGCAGUAAGCUGGCCUCUCGCGUAUGUUGGCAAGUCCAUUCCUGUUCCUGCCAGACCUUUCCAGGAUUACUUGAAGCAUUGUUGUGCCUGGAGAAGGCCACGCCGCCGCGAUGAAGAGCAGGGCGGCAAGAGCUGA